UGUAAAAAAGAAAAAGUGAAAGGAGAAUAAAAUUUCUACUUAAAGCAGCUCUGGUCACUCAUUUGUACUUUACAAUGCCAGUAAUACUAGUAACAACCACAAAGUAGUCACAAACAUAACUAGCAAGAACAUUACCCACUUCUAUUCUUCUUUCUGUUUGAUUCCUUUUCUUUCGGGUGGUUGUUACUCUUUAACCCUAUAGCCUUUUACGAGUCCUCAUAACGGAGGUGGGUUUUAUUAAGUUGACAACUAGGCGUAAAUAAUCAAACCAUGAGGAUUCCAACUAUUAUGCAUACUAGUUGGUUGGCGAUGUCUAUAUUCAAUCAUUGUUAUGCUAUAUGCAUACUAGUUAGUAUGUAAACAUAAAAAAAGUACUUGUUCAACUUAGUCCCAAACAAGUUAAACUCGGGGUAUAUGAAUAUUUACUGACCAUAUUUCCCGUUUGAAUUUAUCUCUUUCGGGAUAACAAUAACAGUGAAAAGUGUAAUUAGACCAAAACUGAAAAGGGUUGUAGUGUCUGAACCUACAAAAAAAAACUCUACACACUCUCUCUUUCUCAUGCCAAAAAUGAGUCCUUCCAAGACACCCCAAGUACAUUGUGAUCAAUUAGGAAAUGCCCAACAAACUACAACAAGAAGAUUCCCACAACCAAGAAACGUUUCUGUUGUGAGGAGCGCACCUAUAUAAACCUAUUCUCUGCCUACAAAAAAAAAAACCCAGUGCAGUACUGCCUCUUCUUUUAGCUGCACUCAACAUAUUAAUCAUUAGCACCAAUACUCUCCAUCUAUAGAUUUCCUUUCUAAUUUAGGAAUUCAUUUUAACAUAUUUAUAACAAUAUUCUCUUUUAAAUGGUAGUAAUUAGGUGUGCUAAAAUGGAAUUCCCCAGUACCCCAUUUGAUAAUUCAAACAACUCUGAAGAAAGGGAAGUAGGAAGAAGAACAGAUAAAAGGAAGCAAAUUGAUGGUGAAGUUAAAGAAUACAAAUCCAAGAACCUUAAGGCUGAGAGAAAUAGGCGUCAAAAACUUAGCGAAAGGCUUCUUCAAUUACGCUCAUUGGUCCCAAACAUAACAAAUAUGACAAAAGAAACCAUAAUCACUGACGCCAUCACCUACAUUAGGGAGCUACAAAUGAAUGUGGACAACCUAAGUGAGCAGCUUCUUGAAAUGGAAGCAACUCAGGGGGAGGAACUGGAGACAAAAAAUGAAGAGAUUAUCGAUACUGCAGACGAGAUGGGUAAAUGGGGCAUAGAGCCUGAAGUUCAAGUGGCUAACAUUGGCCCAACUAAGCUUUGGAUAAAAAUAGUCUGCCAAAAGAAAAGAGGUGGAUUAACUAAACUGAUGGAGGCAAUGAAUGCUCUUGGAUUUGAUAUAAAUGACACCAGUGCCACUGCCUCUAAAGGAGCUAUUCUUAUUACUUCAUCUGUGGAGGUGGUUAGAGGUGGACUAACUGAAGCUAAUCGAAUCAGAGAGAUCUUACUGGAGAUCAUCCACGGAAUCUACUAGAACCAGCAUGAAAAUCCCCUAAAUCUUAAUAGCUUUAGUCUCAUUGGAGAAAUGCCAGAGUACCUCUAAUUUUUAGUUAUGGUGUCAAAAAAAGGAUUCAAUCAUGUUUUCAAAAUAUUGUAUCCAAAUUGUCUGAAAAAAGCUAGUGUGAACUCUUGUUUUUGCUUUCAAAUAUUGAUGAAACAACUUAUCAUAUGUUACUAAUUACUCUCUCCUAUCUUAAUUCUAUAGCAUUUCAUAUGCAGUCAAGUUUGGCUUAAUUCAACUGAGGCAAACUUUGAAAUAGAAUAUACUACUUUUUAACUUGGAUUUUCCAUGGUGGGAUCCAGGCUCCAAAUUUUUUGGCUUCUCUAUAUGAAACAAUGAAAAAAUAACAUUUUUGGUCCCAUAUCCAGCUGAAGAAACAGCUAAAUAAUAAAAGCCAGCACAUUAAGUGUCCUUUCUGUUUGAAUAUUAAACAAACACCAAUAUUAGACGUGUGAAGAGUGAAAUUUAUUUCUACCUAUAAUACAACAGGACAUUUGUUUCACUGUCAUUAAAUUCUUGUUUUCUUCUCUGUUCUUUGACCAAUGUCGUCCUCAAUGAAGAGUCGAAAAUAAGCCUGCCUUAAGCAUCACCUUCCCUUGUACAGGAUCCAAAUAAUAAAAGACUACUUGGAAAACCAAAAUCAGACGUCGAAUCGUCAAAAUUUAAUACCAUGGAAAGUGUACCUACCCUUCUUAUAAUAUUAACACGAAAAAGACUCUCACAAGUCUAUAUUAAUAGGACUAAAACAUGCACACAAUUGUAGCAAUAUUCAUAUUUUCUAUGGCUAGGCUUAGUUUUCUCCUCAUUUGCCUAGUUAUAGCUCAGGUUAACUUGCUUAUGCGAAAUGCUAAUGCACUUAGAAAACUAGACACCUUCACAGUAGUCCCAAGUCCUGCGCCGUUUGAAGGAGGAAUGGACAGAGGAAGAAGUGAUCAAGCUCCAGCAAUCACACAUAUAAGGACUCAUCAUUCUUUCAACAAGUUCAUGGCUGGUGGAGACUUGAUCCUUGGCGGCUUCGCCACUGCUCUAAUUGCUUCCAUUUUUUGUUACAUUCGAGUCACAGGACGAAGAAACCAACAUAGUCUGGGCUGAGGCACAGCAUUUUUAAUUUUGUACUACUUUUAGUUUCCAAAUCAAAUAUAUACACAGGGUUCAUGAUUUUGCUCA